GUCUUCGUUCCUCUCUGUAGUUGGGAAUUUACCGCGGCCCCUUGGUGGGCAGCGCCACGCCCCCGGCGGGGCCGCACCCGGAAGGGCCGCUCCGGAAGCUGGCGCGGCCGCUUCACCAUGGCGACGGCGCGGCGCUUCUGCCGCUGCGCCUGUUUCUGCUCUCAGAACCUGUACGUGGCGCGCUACGGGCUGCACCUGCGCUUCCGGGACGAGCAGCAGCUGCGCCGUGACUACGGCCCGCUCCUGCGCAGCCGCGGCUGCGUCACUGCCGAGGACUUCCAGCAACUCUUGGAGGAGCUUGAGCAGGAGGUGGGGCGCCGCCGCAGGCUGGGCCAGGAGUCAGCGGCCAGAAAAGCCCUCAUUGCCAGCUCCUACCACCCGGCGAGGCCUGCCGUCUACAAGUCACUGCAGGAUGUGGCUCUGGCCCCCGAGUUUGUGGCUGCAGCUGAAUAUAGUGCAUCCCCCGGUGCUGACCUUGAGGUCCUUCUCCAGCGGCUGGAGAUAGUGUCAGGAUCGGGGCAGUAUGUCACUGUCCCCACUGUCCAGAGGGAACAAACAGGCUGGAGGCAGGAAAAUGACCAGCCGGCUCACGAGGAGGUUGAAUGGGCGCCCCGUGGCCCACUAUCUCCCCCUCCUUCUGCAGAGGAGAAGCGCAUCUACCGGGUGCCAGUAUUCUCGGUGGAGUUCUGCCAGGCCCUGCUGGAGGAGCUGGAGCAUUUUGAGCAGUCGGACAUGCCCAAGGGAAGGCCCAACACCAUGAACAACUAUGGGGUGCUGAUGCACGAGCUAGGCCUAGACGAGCCUCUGGUGACCCCGCUGCGGGAGCGCUUCCUGCAGCCGCUGCUGGCCCUGCUGUACCCCGAGUGUGGCGGGGGCCAGCUGGAUAGCCACCGUGCCUUUGUGGUUAAGUACGCGCUGGGCCAGGACCUGGAGCUGGGCUGCCACUACGACAACGCUGAGCUCACCCUCAAUGUGGCUCUGGGCAAGGCCUUCACAGGGGGUGCCCUGUACUUUGGGGGCCUCUUCCAGGCACCCGCAGCCCUGAUGGAGCCCCUGGAAGUGGACCAUGUGGUGGGCCAGGGCAUCCUGCACCGUGGUGGCCAGCUGCACGGGGCGCGACCCCUGGGUACCGGAGAGCGCUGGAACCUUGUCGUCUGGCUCCGGGCCUCUGCUGUUCGGAACCGCCUCUGUCCUAUGUGCUGCCAGAAGCCAGAGCUGGUGGAUGAUGAGGGCUUCGGUGAUGGCUUCACCCGGGAGGAGUCUGCCGUGGUAGAUGUCUGUGCACUGACUUGAGCCUGGUACACCCAGAAGUGUUGGUGCCAUGGCCGCAGAAAGCUGCCAUCUUGGGCGGGGAGAGCAGAAAUAAACUCUGCAGCCAUGCCAUUCAUUGGAUCAUAGGGACAUGCUGACUUCUGGGUCACUCUUUGGACAGAUGUGCUGUCUUAGGGCAGAGCCGCUGAAAGACAAGCCUAGUUUGACAUGAAGUACUGAGGGUCGAGGGCGGAGCAGGCCCAGGAAGGGAAGGAGCCCCAGAAGGAUGUGGUUUCCAAAGAUGUCCAGCCUCAGCCUGACCCCUGGGGAGCUCUGACUGGGCUGGGGGCAGGUGGGGGAGCUCAGUCAGUGGCUCCUCGGAUAGGUUCCCAGGGAUUUAAGUGGAGUUCAUUGGUCUGGGGAGUGGGGAUCCAGACUAUCUGGGUUCAAGCCUCUGUUCUGGCACUCCCAGCUGUGAGGCUCUGGGCUCGCUUGUGCCUGGGCGUUUGUGACAGCCCAGCGCGUUGACAUUUAUAAAGCACUUUACAACA